GAUGUCUGUAGAGGCUCCAUUUGUCAAGCAGGAGCCCGGGGACGAGAAUAACGGGGGCUUGUGCGGUGUGAGCGGUACGCCUGAUGUAUUUACUGACGAAGUGCCUGUUAAAGAAGAAUUGAGCACUGAAGACCAUGUGAAAGAGGAGCUUGCUGGCUCAAACAGUGCGGACCCGAGUGCCUCACUGUAUGAGGACCACCUAGUUAAGGAUGAGCUUGUGCUGGGCCCCGAGCUUUUUCACCUACCUCAUGUUUCGUUGCUUCCGACAGUUGAAGCGGGCUCCGCGCAGUCGCUGAGCUGCACUGUCAGACUGGAGCGCCUGCUGGUGGACUCGGAGCGCCGCACUUGCCGGGUCGGGCGCCGCACCUACAAGCUUCACACCGGGCAACCAAGUACUAAGUAUGAAUGCAAUGACUGCGGCAAAAGUUUCAAAUAUCUCGCAGUUUUCAACAAACACAUACACACUCAUUCUUUAAAUUCACUUGAUUCCCGCAAGAAUGUUGAGUCAAACAGAAAAAGUAAGAUUAAAUGUGACUAUUGUGACAUUCACCUUAAAAAAUCUGACUUACGAGCUCAUGAGGGCAUACGUAGUGUAAAACAUUACAAAUGUAAGAAUUGCGAUUAUAAGUGUAUUCGCAAAGCACACUUGCAAAUACAUCAGAAGAUACACAUUGGUGAAAAGCCAUUUAAAUGUUCCGAGUGUAAUUUUGCGUGCCGUCUGAAAGUCAACCUAGGACGUCACCAAAGGAUACAUGGCGGCAAUCCCCUAGAAUACAGUAAAAAAACUGGUCCAUUUAGUCACGAGAAAAUAGAGAAAAUACACACUAGGGUGAAGACAUUUCAGUGUAGCUAUUGUAACUUCACAUCUGGAUAUAAAACGAAUUUAAAAAGACACGAAAUGAUACACGGAGACGGGUACCCUAUUAAAAGUGACAACUUAUUUAAAUGUUGCUAUUGUGAUUUUCAAUGUGCUUACAAACAUAAUGUAUUAUGUCACCAACGGACACAUACAGGAGAGAAACCUUAUGGAUGUAGAUACUGCGGUUUCAAAUGCAAGCAUAGAACCACUCUAAAAAGGCAUGAGUUGAUACACACGGAUAAAAAGCCUUUUGAAUGUAGGUAUUGCGAGCACAAAUGUAGAACGAAAGAAGACUUACGAAGUCACGAGACAGUACACAAUAGAGAAAAACCAUUUACAUGUAGCUAUUGCAAGUUCAAAUGUAGAUACAAAAGAAAUUUAAAAAUACAUGUGAUGAUACACACAGAUGAAAAGCCUCUGGAAUGUAGAUAUUGUGAUUACAAAUGCAGGAGGAAACAAGAUUUACGAAUUCACGAAGUAGCACACACAAUGGAUAAAUUUGAGAAAUGUAGCUCUUGCGAUUUCAAGUGUAGAGAUAAAAGAAAUUUAAAAAGACAUGAGAGGAUUCACGGGGAUGCGAAUCGUCUUAAAUGUGGCAAAUGCGAUUACAAGUGUAUUCGGAAAACGGAUUUCCACAAACACCAGAAGACACACACCGGUGGAAAUCUAUUAAAGUUCAGCUGUGAUUACAAAUCGGAUAAAAGAAGUAUAAAAAUACAUGACAUAACACACAGGGACUCCAAGACUUUUAAAUGUAGUGAUUGUGAUUACAAGAGUACACGAAAAAAUGAUUUCCGAAAACACCAAAUGACACACACUAAUAACUGGUUUCAUAAAUGUGACUAUUGUGAUUAUACGUGUCGUAAGGCGUGUAAUUUACGCCGUCACCAAAUGAUACACACCGGCGAGAAUCCCUAUGAAUGUAAACAUUGUGAUUUCAAAUGCAAUCAGAAAACCGUCUUGAUUAAUCACGAGAAAAUACACACUGGGGACAAACCGUUCAAAUGCAGCUAUUGUGAUUUCAGAUGCAGCAUUAAAACAAACUUACGUAGUCACGAGAAAGUACACACUGGGGAAAAGCGAUAUCAAUGUGGCGAUUGCGAUUUCAAGUGUAUACAGAAAUCAGAUUUACGACUACAUCAAAUGAUACACACGGGUGAGAAACCCUUUAAAUGUAAACACUGUACUUUUGAAUGUUCCAAGAAAUGUAAUUUAAAGAGACACGAGUUGAUCCACAAUGAAGAAAAGCGUUUUAAGUGUGGUAACUGCGAGUACGAGUGUAGACAGAAGGCAGCCUUACGCAGACAUCAGCAGGCGUACGGUGGACGCUGUUUUCGGCGUGAUAAAGCAGAUGUCUCUUUACAACCGCGCGAGUGA